GCAGAAACAGAUGCGGCGGCGCGGCCCUGCCUCCCUUAGCCGCCGCCGCCGCUCUCCGGCCGCACUGCGCGGGGGCCGCCGCUAGCGCCCCGCCGGCGAGAUGGCCGUGCCCCGGCGGGAGGCGGGCGGCGGGCAGGCCAUCGUCUGGCGCAACGUGGUGCUGAUGGGGCUGCUGCACCUGGGCGCCGUCUACGCGCUCAGCCUGCUGCCGCGGGCGCAGCUCCUCACCCUUCUCUGGGCAUAUUUGUGUUUCCUGAUGACAGCCCUGGGGGUGACAGCCGGUGCCCAUCGCCUGUGGAGCCACCGCUCCUACAAAGCCAAGCUGCCUUUGCGGAUCUUCCUGGCUGUAGCUAACUCCAUGGCUUUCCAGAAUGACAUCUAUGAGUGGAGCAGGGACCACCGGGUGCACCACAAGUACUCGGAGACGGACGCCGACCCCCACAACGCCCGGCGCGGCUUCUUCUUCGCCCACGUGGGGUGGCUCUUCGUGCGCAAGCACCGCGAUGUCAUCGAGAAGGGCAGCAAGCUGGACUUCUCUGACCUGCUGGAGGACCCUGUGGUCAGGUUCCAGAGGAAGUACUACAAGAGCUCAGUGGUGCUGAUGUGCUUCGUGGUGCCCACUGUGGUGCCGUGGUGGCUGUGGGGCGAGAGCCUGUGGAACGCCUACUUCCUGGCCUCCAUCCUGCGGUACACCAUCUCCCUCAACGUCACCUGGCUGGUCAACAGCGCCGCCCACAUGUACGGCACCCGCCCCUACGACCGGCACAUCAACCCCAGGCAGAACACCUUGGUCACCCUGGGAGCCAUUGGUGAAGGUUUUCACAACUACCACCACACCUUCCCAUUUGACUACUCAGCCAGCGAGCUGGGCAUGGCAUUCAACCCCACCACCUGGUUCAUUGACUUCAUGUUUUGGUUGGGGUUGGUCACUGACCGCAAGCAGGCUCCCAAGGAGAUGAUCCAGGCCCGCAAGGAAAGGACUGGAGAUGGCAGCGCUUGAAGAGCUCCAGCAGCGCUUGAAGAGCUCCAGCAGCGCCCUGGGAGGGUGUGCUGCACCCCUCUGCCUGUGCUGGCUUCCUUCUCCUCUGGGUAAAAGUGACUUUGUUCAGAGCAGCUGGGCUGAAUGAGUCCCCCCCACCCCAGGAACAAAUUCAGCCCCAGCUUGUUUUGUUCUGUUUUGUUUGUUCUUUCCUUAUUAGCUGUCUUCUGUCCAGACUUCAGCCUACUCAGUGUACAAAUGUUCUCUAUGAUUUGAUAUUCUAGUGAACCAGGAGAGAGGUUUGAGUUUAGUCCCUGUAGUUCAUGUCUGAAAUACUUUUGUGUGUUGCUUGUUGAUGGCAAACGCUGGUGGCUCGCAGGAGCCAGCCAGGAGAGGUUUAGUUCUGCUGUUAACCAAAUCAGCUUUGGCGGUGCAUCUCAGAGGGGAUGGGGCAGGGCCCAGCGUGCUGGUUCACCUCCAGACAGGAAGGACAGGAGCAGCACUGAUGGAAACCAGGACAUCCAAGAGGAAAAAGGGGCCUCAGCUGAGUGAGCCAUCAGGCUGUAAACCUUCUUUCCUCUUCCUCUUCCCCUGCCAGCCAGCCCACGGCGCUGCUCUCUGUGCUAGAUGUGAAAGCCCCUGGUUGCUGAGCGGGCUUUGUGGCGAGGUUC